UCUAAAAUACAUUUACCUAAAAGUGUGAACUACUGCGCAUGUGCAAGAACAAGUCCAGCAAGGGGGGAAAAUUCAUUCUGUUUGGGAUUAGCCUACUUCAAACUAGCAUGUUGUCAAAGGAUAGUUUCUAAUUUUAUAUCCAGACACACUGAGACAAACGUAUUUCUCAAUUGAGUCUGCACCGUAAACUGUCAAUAAUGAGGAUCGCAGUAGAAGGCUGUUGCCAUGGUGAACUGGACAAGAUCUACGAGACAAUUGGCUAUCUGGAAAAAAAGGAAGGGGUGAAAGUGGACCUGCUGCUGUGUUGCGGGGACUUUCAGGCAGUGCGAAAUGAGGGGGACAUGAAGUGCAUGGCAGUGCCUGCCAAGUACAGGACGAUGCAGACAUUCUACAAAUAUUAUUCUGGAGAGAAAAAGGCUCCAGUCCUCACCAUCUUUAUUGGGGGAAACCACGAGGCAUCGAAUCAUCUGCAGGAGCUGCCUUAUGGAGGCUGGGUGGCCCCCAACAUUUACUAUCUAGGAUAUGCUGGCAUAAUCCGUUACAAAGGAAUAAGAAUCGGUGGCGUCUCCGGAAUCUUCAAAUCACAUGACUACAGAAAGGGACACCAUGAAUUCCCUCCUUACGGCCCUGAUACUCUAAGAAGUGUUUACCACAUACGAAACAUUGAUGUCUACAAACUCAAACAGAUCCAAAUGCCCAUUGAUAUUUUCAUGAGCCACGACUGGCCUCGUGGAAUCUAUAACUACGGCUGCACACAGGAGCUGCUGCGUAAGAAGAAGUUUCUCCGUCAAGAGGUGGAGACCAACACACUGGGAAGUCCUGCAGCCGCGGAGCUCCUUGAACACCUCCAGCCCAGCUACUGGUUCUCGGCACAUCUUCACGUCAAAUUUGCUGCCAUGAUGCAGCAUGCACCCAAGGCCAGUGGUUCUUCACGAACAACAAAAUUCCUGUCUUUGGAUAAAUGCCUGCCACACAGAGAGUUCUUACAGGUUGUGGAGUUUCCUGACAGAACCGAUUCUGCUGAAGGGUUGGAGUAUGACCCAGAGUGGCUUGCUAUCCUAAAGUCCACCAACGGUCUGCAGAAGACCACUCCUCAGCCCUGGAACCCCCCAAUGAAUAACGGCCUCCACCAAAGGUGGAACUUUUCACCCUCUGAGGCGGAAAUGAUGCAGGUGUUGGAUGACAUGAACGGCGAGCUGGCCAUCCCGGAUAACUUCAGCCGGACCGUUCCGGCCUACGACCCUGCUAACCCCCAGCCCCGGGCCGUCCCCAGCUGCAGCACCAAUCCCCAGACCACAGAGUUAUGCGCCACCCUGGGUCUCACAGACCUCUACGCCCAGAAGGCCCAGCUUCUCUUAGACCCCGGAGGAGCUGACGGGGCCAUGGCCGGCGAAAACGACGACGGCGACGAUGCCCACAGCAACGGCAGCGCGGACGAACCCAGCGAGUAUCCAACAGACACGUCGGGGCUGUCCAACUCCUGUAAUCCAGACGAGAUCACGAUAGAAGACGAGUGGGAAGAAGAAGAAAAAGUUGAAGAAGAUGUGGGUGGAGAGGGGAAGCAGGUGGCCGCAGGCGCUUGCGAUUCAACGAAACGUGAAGCUGGCGAGGAAGGUUUGCUUUCUCCGUCAGGCACAAUCCACGUCUCGGGCCGCAUGGUCCUGCCAGAGCCCAAGUCAGGCGACUCUACCGGUCGCGUCGCCCUGAGCCCCAUGAGCCUGCCCCCUCCCACCCAGUCAGCCCCGGCAGGCGGUGAAGAAGGGGCCAGUGAUGAUGCGGAAGAGGAGACGCCGGUGGUGCGCAUUCCCAAGCGGACCAGCGAUGAGAGCGAGGCGACAGCAGGCGGUACGGGUGUGACCCCCAGGAUCAAACGGAGGAACCAGGUGAUCUACGCAGCAGUGGAUGAUGAUGACGAGAAUGAGAGCUAAAGUAGCGGAUCAUUGUCAGACAAGUGGUGUUGAUAAUUAAUUGUAAAUUUGUCCCUUCACGUUGUACAAUUAUGUCUUACUUUUUUAUACAGGUUUUUAAAAGCAUAGAUCUAGUUUAUAUAUGUGCUGGCUUUUGUACCAUGAUGCAAUGAAAUAUUUAAACUAGUCAAAGAAAGCUGUUCUAUAAGUCAUCCGUGCAGAGGUUCAGGGCUUUAUUCCAAUUAGUUAACAAGGUUAAAGGGCAUGUUUUAUUUGGAGGUUUUAUUUUGGCAGAACAUGCCACUUUUUAGACAAUUUUUACUCCAUCUAAAGACUUUCAGAGAAUAGAUUUUCUUAAACCUAAGUUUAAGAAUUUCUGCACAACCUUUUUGUGGGUUACACAAAUCAAUUUAAAGUGAAAAUUGUUUCUGAAUAAAAUGUUAUUUCAACUAAUGUGACACACAUUCAACAUUCAGCAUGGCUGAUCAAUUAAAGAAUCUCAUCCGAG